AUUACCAACAAAAACUUGUUUUGUCUGAAAGAGAACACUGUCGCCCUCGCUUUCUCUCUCUACUGUAUAGUGUAGAGAGAGAAAGCAAGCAAAGCCAAAGAGCAAGGAAAAAGAGAAAAGGAGGAAAGAUUGGCAUUUGAGAAAUGAGUAAAGCAAAAACCAUCUUGUCAUCGUUCAGGUUUUCUUAGAGCUAAAAAAACCCCAAAACCCAAAAAAGUUAAUCUCUUAAAGAACACAAAAAUACAGUAUAGAAAAGAGUAGAUAAAACCCAAAUGCUGGUACCCAUUUGAACUACCCUAAACAUAGGAUCCUGUUCACCAAUCCGAGAUCUUACUGAUUGGUCUCACAGGUAUGAUCUAACCUGCAUUUUCUCUUUAAUUACAGGUUUGAAUAAUUAGGGUUUUUGAUCACACCAAUUUCGCUACAUGCUUCUGUAGGCAAGUACUACUGUGUGUCUAUGUGAAUGGGUUUGCUUGGUUUGACAUUUGAAUUUGGUUUUAUAUGUGUUUUGUUCGUGGGUUUAGUUUAGUUAAGCAUUUGGGAUUGGAAUUUGAUGGAAUCAGAUCUGGGGUUCUUUAGUUUUCUCCUUAUAGAGUACUGGUUUCUGUUUUCGGGUUGCAGUUAAUUUCAGGUGCAUUUUGGAUUCUAAGAUUAAAAUCCAAGGCUAUAUUUUGGAAAGUUUUUGGGUGGAAAAAGCGUCCAUUAUCUACUUAUUCGCAUAAUUAUGUAUUUUCUGCUCGCCCUCACUUGGAUUGCAAUGUGGAUGGGUAAAGUUGUCGUUUCCUCGUUGAUCCCUAUAUGUAGGGUUUAACGGAUAUUAUAAUCAGCUUCAUUCAAUUGCCAAAUUGGUAAUUAUUUUACUUUUCCUCAGAAAAUUUGCCUUGCAGGAGUUUUUGUAUUAAGUUCUGCUGAUUGCGGGACUUGAUCAAUAAAAAAAUAGGAAGAUAUUGGGUUCAUGCAUAGGGGAAACAUCUAAGCUCAUGAGGAGGAUAGAGAACAAAGACAUGGUGUAAAUACUGCAGAAAAAAAAAAUGAAAUCUGAUACGCCUCUUGACUAUGCUGUGUUUCAACUGUCCCCAAGGCAUUCACGUUGUGAAUUGUUUGUGUCAAGUAAUGGAAAUACAGAGAAGCUUGCUUCAGGAUUGGUCAAGCCAUUUGUGAGUCAUUUGAAGGUUGCUGAAGAGCAAGUUGCACAGGCAGCUCAUUUAAUCAAGCUUGAAGUUGAAAGACAUAGAAAUGCUGAGACUUGGUUCACAAAAGGAACCCUUGAGAGAUUUGUGCGAUUUGUCAGUACACCUGAAAUUUUGGAUAUGGUCAAUACAUUUGAUGCGGAGAUGUCUCAGUUGGAAGCAGCACGGAGAAUCUACUCUCAGGGGGGCAGGGACCAGCUCUCUGGUUCUUUAGGUGAGGAUGGAUUGGAAGUGGUGGCAGGAGAUGAUGCAACAAAGAAGGAGCUUCUGCGGGCCAUUGAUGUACGGCUUAUUGCAGUUAAGCAGGAUUUAACUACAGCCAUUGCUCGUGCUUCAGCUGCUGGUUUUAACACUGACACUGUGUCAGAGCUCCAGCUCUUUUCAGAUCAUUUUGGUGCCCAUCGCUUGAAUGAAGCUUGUAACAAAUUUAUCUCAUUGUGUGAGAGAAGACCAGACCUGAUCAAUCAAUGGAAGAUAGGUGUCGAGGAGCAAGUGGUCAGGGCCUCAUGGGGAUCUGACAUGUCAAUUGAUGAGCCAUCUGAUGACCCACAUGGUUCCCACAAUGUUAGGGCCCACCAAUCCAUGUUCCAAAAUGCACACCAACUCCAGCAAGCCGGCCAAGAUCAGCAACAACCAGAUUUAACGCAAAGCCAACACCACCUUAACCAAUCCAAACCUGCUACCUUUCACCCAAAUUCAUCUGCACGUUCUCAACUUACUGUCCAGAACGAGAACAAGGAAGAAGAUAAGAAAGGGGAGUCUACCAUUGAGACAUCACCUAGUUUACCAAAUCAACCUUCAAGGCGACUCAGUGUGCAGGACAGAAUCAACCUGUUUGAGAAUAAGCAGAAGGAGAACUCGGGUGGAAAACCUGUAGCUGUAGGGAAAUCUGUAGAACAGAGGAGACUCUCUUCUGAUGUAUCUUCUGUGCCUGCAGUUGAAAAGGCUGUAUUGAGGAGAUGGAGUGGCGCAAGUGAUAUGAGCAUUGACCUGGGCAAUGACAAGAAGGACAAUAGCUUUACAGAUAGCCCUCUGUGUACACCCUCUUCAUCUUCUGUAUCCCAGAGCAAAAAUAAUGUGUUCCCUCGCUUAUCUGCCGAUGCUAAGGAACAGAAGGGGGUGAAUGAUACAGCAAGUUCAGUUAAGUCUGAGGCUACAAGUGUUUCGGGGUUCAAAGAUCAGGGUGAGUUGCAGACACAUGAUGGGGGAUUUGUGGGGGCGGACAAGGAAGUGGGGUUGAAUGGGAAGGUGAAUUCAAAUGAUCGACCAGGGUCUCAGGCCCAAUUGAGGUCAUUUACGGGUAGAGGUGAGCAGGCUAUUGUUGAUCAGAGGGUUAGAGAGGAGAAGUUUAAGGGUACCGUGGGUGGAGAUGAGAAGAGUAGUGGCGUAAAAGUUCAGGUGGGUGUUGAGGGAUGGAGAGGUAAUUCAGAUAGAGGGGAGACUGUUGAAGUGAACAGCCAGGUUCGAUUGCAGACUCAGAUUGGAAGUUCUGUCGGCAGGGUGGGGGAUGUUGAAUCUGGGAACAGAGUUGAGGAUGUUAAAACAAGGGACCAGCCACUGAAUCAGUCACGGGUAAGGGGUUCUCAGACCCAUACCCGAUCUCUUUCAGGACAGCUUGUGAAGGAAGGAUCUUAUAAAGAGUUUGAGGGUGAUCAUUCAGCUUCUCAGUUGCAGUGGAGAUCAUCUACUGGUGAAUUUGAGCGAGUGAGAAAGGAGGAAUCAACAAAGGUGGAAGAUCUUGAAGUUCCAAGAAUGAAGGUUCAGAAACCUUUGUCUGCAGGUCCAGAACAGAAUAUGAAGCUGCAAGGUAGAAGAGAUGAGACUGUCUCAUCUCAUAAAAAUAACAAGUCAGUUUUUCCUAGUAAAAGAGUUUUUGAGAGUCAGGAGAGCUUUGGUGCUUUGUCAGCACCUUCAGUAGAGCAAGUUCAGAGGGCGAGGCAAUCUAAGGGGAAUCAGGAGCUCAAUAAUGAGCUAAAAAUGAAGGCAAAUGAGCUUGAAAAACUUUUUGCAGAACACAAGCUUCGGGUUCCUGGGGAUCAAUCUGGUUCUACAAGGAGAAGCAAGCAUGCUGAUUCUCCAGUUGAACAGGCAAUAAAUUCACAGUACAGAAAACUGACAGCAGAGGAAAUAUCUCCUGCAAUGGUUCAAGAUAAGAUGGAGGUUGAACCAAUUGUGAGUGCUAGAGAUAAUGCCAAUUUUAGCACUCCACCAAUCAAGAUAUUAGAUCAGGACUAUGGCAGUUCACUGAGACAGAAUUUCUCUGAGCCGGGUUUGUCAGAUGAUUCUAGAGGAAAGUUCUAUGAUACAUAUAUGCAGAAAAGAGAUGCAAAAUUGAGGGAAGAGUGGGGCACAAAAAGAGCAGAGAAGGAAGCCAAGCUGAAGGCAAUGCAGGAUAGCCUUGAGCAGAGUAGAGCUGAAAUGAAGGCCAAAUUUUCAGGGUCUAUGGAGAGGCUAGAUUCAGAUUCGAGUUUUCGUCAACGUGCAGAGAAGCUCAAAAUAUACCAUUCUCGUUCUGGCAUCAAGAGAGAGCAGCAACUGGUUGAUUCCGUUCAGAAUGAGGAGGAUGAGGAUUCUUCUGAAUUUCUUGAACAGAAAUAUUAUAGACAAGAUAGAUCAUUAGGUGAGGUGUCUUUAACAGAUGGUACUUCUAGAAGCUCCCAAAACAAGAAGCUGGUGCCAAACAGAAAUUUGUCUUCAACCACCCCUCGCACAACAGCACCAGUUCCACGUUCAUCAGUCAAAAUUUCCAACCUCAGUUCUGGGAAGCGGAGAGUACAGUCAGAAAAUCAUCUUGCACAAUCAGUUCCAAAUUUCUCUGAUUUCAGAAAAGAGAACACAAAGCCCUCUUCUGGAGUCGGCAAAACAGCAAAUCGCACACAAGUGAGAAAUUAUGGCCGCAGCAAGAGUACAACUGAAGAGAUACCUCUUGCAAAGGAAGAAAAGCCUCGACGUUCUCAGUCUUUAAGGAAAAGCUCUGCUAGUCCUGCUGAAUUCAAGGAUUUGCCAACUUUGAACUCUGAUGACAUUGUUUUGGCACCACUGAAGUUUGAUAAAGAGCAGACUGAGCAGGGCCUGCAUGAAAAGUUCUCGAAGAAUGUGGAGUCAAAGCCUUUCCUUCGGAAAGGUAAUGGCAUAGGUCCUGGUGCCGGAACUAGCAUUGCCAAACUGAAAGCUUCAGUGGCAUCUGAGGCUAUGAAAAAUGAAGAAGAAUUUGAAGAAUCAACAUAUGAGGUAGAAGAUUCAGUCAGUGUAGCAAAAGAAGAGGAGGAAGAAGAGGACGAGGAGGAUUUAGAAACAACAGAGAUGGUAGAUUGUGCAAACGCUGAAAAUGGCAAAAUGGGACUGAGCCAGGAAUCUGAUAAGAUUUCUGAAUCUGAGAAUGGUGAUUCUUUGAGGUCUCUUUCUCAAAUUGAUCCUUCUUCAGUUGCUGAACUGCCAGCCUCUGUUCCUUCAACAUUCAAUGCUGUGGGGGGGUCUUUGCAGGACUCACCUGGCGAAAGCCCAGUGUCAUGGAACUCUCGCAUGCAUAAUCCAUUUUCCUACCCACAUGAGAUCUCUGAUAUUGAUGCUUCUGUGGACUCGCCAAUUGGAAGCCCAGCAUCCUGGAAUUCUCAUUCUCUUACCCAAACAGAGGCUGAUGCAGCUCGAAUGAGGAAGAAGUGGGGAAGUGCUCAGAAACCUAUUCUAGUUGCUAAUUCAUCUCAUAAUCAGUCACGCAAAGAUGUGACGAAAGGAUUUAAACGGUUGUUAAAGUUUGGAAGGAAAAGUCGUGGGGCUGAGAGUUUGGUUGACUGGAUUUCUGCAACUACUUCUGAAGGAGAUGAUGAUACAGAAGAUGGGCGGGAUCUUGCCAAUCGGUCAUCAGAAGACUUGAGGAAGUCUAGAAUGGGAUUCUCGCAGAGUCAUCCUUCUGAUUAUGGCUUCAAUGAAAGCGAGUUGUUCAAUGAGCAAGAUCAAGCUAUUCAUAGCUCCAUUCCAGCGCCUCCGGCAAACUUCAAACUGAGGGAUGAUCAUAUGUCUGGAAGCUCUAUUAAAGCACCGCGAUCAUUUUUCUCUCUUUCAUCAUUCCGAAGCAAGGGAAACGAAUCGAAGCUCAGAUAAUUACAGCGGAGAGAAGUAUAGAGGUACUGGUGGGAAUCAUGUCAAAGUGAUAGGGUGUAAAGGAUUAUAAAAUAGGAUACAAAAUGCUUGUGUUGUAUAUUUGUAUGGAACAAAAAAUCGCCAAUUGGCGUUCUUGUGAUUUUGGUAGUGUAGGAUCAUUCUUUUCCAGGUUUUGCUGUAGCCUAGUCGUGUGAUGCGUUAUGAGCAUUGAGAAGUAGAGUUGGUGACCAUUUUAAGAAGAGAUGUGAUUAUGGUGAGUUGUUAACACCUGAUAUCACCAUGUAAACAACUCAACUUCUUUUUAUUAUCUUCUCCACUUUAUUACUGCU